AUGAGAUACUCAAUCAUCCUUCCGCUCAUUGCUACCACCGUCCUUUCGGCGCCAGCUAUUGAACAACGCCAGGACGCGACAUGCAACGUACCGACGACGUUCCCCACGACCACUAAUGCCAAGUUGCCAAACCCCUUCAAGUUCUUCGACGGAAGAGCUGUUACUACCAGAGCCGACUUUGCCUGCAAGAACAAGGAGGUUAGCGCUGCCCUCCAGGCACAGGAACUAGGCGACUUUCCUAAAAAGCCAUCGACUGUCACAGCUUCACUCUCUGGGUCAUCGCUUUCCAUCACUUCAAGCGAAGGCGGAAAGUCGGUCACCUUUUCUGUCACCAUCAAGAAGCCCAGUGGAAACGGCCCCUUCCCGGCUAUUAUCGCUUAUGGUGCACCCAGCAUCCCGAUUCCCAGUGGCGUCGCAACUAUCACCUUCAAUAACGACGACAUCGCUCAGCAACAGAGUGGUAGCAGUCGUGGGAAGGGCAAGUUCUUCGACCUGUAUGGUUCCAGCCACAGUGCGGGUGCUCUCAUGGCAUGGGCUUGGGGCGUCGACCGUAUCAUGGAUGCUCUUGAGGCUACUUCUGCUACCGGUAUUGACCCCAAGCGCGUCGGUGUAACUGGCUGCUCUAGGAAUGGCAAGGGUGCUUUUGUCGCUGCCGCAUUCGUUGACCGCAUCGCUCUUGGUAUCCCCCAGGAGUCCGGAUCUGGCGGCGCUGCCUGCUGGCGAAUCUCCGAUUCUGAAAAGGCCAAGGGCAAGAACAUCCAGACAUCGAGCGAGAUUGUCGGCGAGAACGUCUGGUUCUCAACCAGAUUCAACUCGUUCAGCACCAAGUCAAACACGCUUGCCACCGACCACCACCAGCUCGCUGGAAUGGUGGCUCCUCGCGGUCUUAUUGUUAUUGAAAACGAAAUCGAUUGGCUUGGACCAGUUGCUACUACUGCUUGUAUGAAAGCUGCCCGUCUCAUCUACAAAUCUCUUGGUGCGGCCGACAACAUGGGGUUUACUGGCUCCGGUAACCACAACCACUGCUCGUUCCCUGCCAACCAGCAGGCCGAUCUUACAGCAUUUAUCAACAAGUUCCUGCUCAACCAGUCCGCAAACACGAAUAUCGAAAAGGGUCCUUCUGGUGCCGAUGCUGCGACGUACAUUGAUUGGACCGCGCCUACGCUCACUUAG